AUGAAAAGGCCUCGGAGUCCAACCCAGUUGCUGCAGAAAGGCAGUGGCGGCGGCCAUGGCGGAGGCGUGUGCUUGCCCUUCAACCUGUGUGGCGAGCUGCUACAGGAGCCCGAAGAAGGACACCCAGAUGGCCCUCAGCAGAAGAAAAGGCUGCUCUACUCCCUCUGCGAGGUGUGCAACCUCCAGCUCAACUCAGCCGCCCAGGCCCAGGUCCACUACAACGGCCGUUCCCACCUGCGCAGGGUCAAGCAGCUCAACAAUGGAGAGCUCCCCCCGAGCACAGGCAGCGGCACCAGUCCAGCACCGGCCGGCACUCUCACCUGCUCCAGCACAGGAAGUGACUUCCAUAGCAGCUGUCUCCCGGCGUUGGUGCGGACCCCUCCUGUUAUGAUGCAGUCCACUCUGGAUAUGAAGUCCUUCAUGUCCUUCCCGGUGGACACCACAUCAGCAGUGGGACUCUUCCCCAACUUCAACACAAUGGACCCUGUGCAGAAGGCCGUAAUUAAUCACACAUUUGGAGUCUCCAUCGCGCCGAAGAGAAAGCAAGUUAUUUCCUGCAACAUCUGCCGACUGCGCUUUAACUCAGAUAGCCAAGCCGAUGCACACUACAAAGGCAGCAAACAUGCCAAGAAGCUCAAAGCGCAGGAGACCCCUAAACAUAAGACCCUGAAGAACAACAGCAUACCCAGCCAGGACAGAGGAAAGAGAUUCAUAUCCUCCACCACCUCCUCUUCCUCCUCCAGUAUCGCUGUCACUGCCUGCAGCUCUGAACAACCAGGGUUACAUCCAAACAAUCUCUACACCAUGGCGUCUUCAAAAUCAUUUUUCCCAGCUGCUGGCCUGGCAUUGGCGCCCUCAUCUAUCCUGUGUAAACCUCUGUGUGAGCCCACACCUGCCAGUCCGGCCCCAGAGAUGUCAAAGCCCACCCUCACUAAACCAACCCCAGUGCCUGCUGUGCCUGCUCUCCCCGCCCCGUGCAAGCACUCCGACGAAUCAGAGGAGGAGAAGGCCAAGAAGCUUCUCUACUGUUCGUUAUGCAAAGUGGCCGUCAACUCCCUCUCCCAGCUUGAGGCCCACAACACAGGUUCCAAGCACAAAACGAUGCUGGAGGCGAGGGAUGGAGCAGGGCCCAUCAAAGCCUAUCCCAGGCCAGGGGCUAAGCUCAAGGUCCAGGCCACCAUCACCAAAGGCUCAGGCCUGCAGAAUAAGAUGUUUCACUGCGAAAUCUGUGAUGUCCACGUCAACUCAGAGAUCCAGCUCAAACAGCACAUUUCCAGUCGGAGGCACAAAGACCGAGUGGCCGGGAAACCCUUGAAGCCCAAAUACAGUCCUUACAGCAAGCAGCAACACGCCACCACCACACUAGAAGCUAAACUGGCAUUCCAGAAGGACCUUCUGAAGCCCCUGUCUCAGGCUUUCCUCUCCAGCCCGUUCAUCCCCACCACAAUACCCUCCAUCUCCCUCCGCCCGCGGCCCAACACCUCCAUCUUCCAGAAAGUCGCCCUCCCGCCCUCUUUCCUGCGAGCGGCUCCUGGCCCUAUCCGGCCAACAGGAGGGUCCAUCCUCUUCGCCCCAUACUGACCCCUCAUCCUGAGCACCAAGGGAGGUCCAGCUUCGUGUGUACAGUGUCCAUAUUAUGACAGCCUCCGAGUCACAAGUAGUUGGUGUCAAACUGUUCCUCAGAGAGCUCUGAGAUGUGUAUGAGAGGUGUUACCAUGGCAAUGUUCACACUGGUGCAGUCAGGAUUACGGAGCUUGACCCGACAACAUGUUUCUCCUAAACCUGCUGAACCUUAACCGAGGGGAGCAUUGAACUGUCUACACCCUGAUUGACUUGAAUUACCGCGGUUUCUCGGGCACAAUGUAAGGACAACACCAGUCAUGUGUACGGUGACCUAUUAGGACAGCCUCAGUGUCAGGACUUCUUUCAAUCUCACCUUACACAUGAUCGGUGUGAAUUUGUGGUAGUGCUGGACAGCAGAGGAAGUGCUGUGUUGUUUUAGACCGAUGAUGGGGGCUAGCUUGUCUCCAGUGUUUGUAUGGUGGAGAAAGCUAUGGGAUACAGUGCCAUGAUUGACCUCAAAUCAGGCUCUUGUGGGCUGAACAACUGACACCAGCUGCGAUUAACUCUUUCAAAACCACAAUAAACAUCCCUGCAAAAUCUGGGAUGUUUUCCUUCGGUCCUUCAAUUUCAGUGUUAUUAUAAGAUAAACAACUGUUUGUUUUUCCAAAGACAAAAUGGAGAAUUGCACAUUAAUGCUGACCUGCCUGUUGUCUGGCAGGGACGUCAUGGGCAUUUGAUUUCUAUGUGAUGUCAACGUUUUUGUCAGGGCACUGUAUUGUGACCCCUUAAUGCAAUAAUGUACAGAGUUUAAGAUACGUGUACAGUAUAUACAAAACUAUGUUAGGUAGUAUUGUAACAGAGUACUAGAAAUAGAGUUUAUGCACACAUUGUGGUUUGGAGAGUUUGGAAAAUAAUGCUUUAAACUUUUUUUUUAAAUCAAGAAACGAGAUAUGAAUGUUAUAGUUGUGCUCCUUUAAGUACGGAAUUGUGAGCUUAGGAUCAAAAUGGAAAAACUGCCAUCUCUGGAUGAUACAGUGAUGUCCUUUGCUAUGCAAGAAGUUGAUAACUAUUGUCACCACAUUUUAAGCAAUAUUGUGUACGGUUUUAACUGCGGCAACAACAGCAAGAUUUAACCUGUAUGGUGUUAAUAUUGCGACACCCUCAUUCUCAGCAGGACUUGUUUCAAUCUUAGCAGGACUUAGGCAGUCCUAAUAUAGACACCGUCAAACAGAGUUGAUUACAAUAGAAGGUGGCUAGAUGUUUAUCCAUAGGAAUUCUUUGAAGGUAUGCCUUCAGAAAAUAUUCACACCCAUUGACUAUUUCCACAUUUUGUUGUGUUAGAAAAUGGGCUUAAAUUGGAUUUAAUUGUCAUUUUUGAUAACGAUCUACACAAAAUGUAAUGUGAAAGUGGAUAUAUUUUUUGAACAUUUGUCAAAACUAUUCAUGAAAAAUAAAACACUAAUCUAUAUUGAUUAGAUACAGUUGAAGUUGGCAGUGUACAUAUAUCUUAGCCAAAUACAUUUAAACUCAGUUUUUCACAAUUCUUGACAUUUAAUCCUAGUAAAAAUUCCCUGUCUUAGGUCAGUUAGGAUCACCAUUCAGAGAAAAUGAUUUAUUUAAGCUUUUAUUUAUUUCAUCGCAUUCCCAGUGGGUCAGAAGUUUACAUACACUCAAUUAGUAUUUGGUAGCAUUGCCGUUAAAUUGUUUAACCUCGGUCAAACAUUUCGGGUAGCCUUCCACAAGCUUCCCACAGUAAGUUGGGUCAAUUUUGGCCCAUUCCUUCAGACAGACCUGGUGUAACUGAGUCAGGUUUGUAGGCCUCCUCACUUUUUCAGUUAUGCCCACAACAAAUAUUCUAUAGGAUUGAGGUCAGGGCUUUGUGAUGGCCACUCCAUUACCUUGACUUUGUUGUCCUUAAGCCAUUUUUCCAGAAUUUUGAAAGUAUGCUUGGGGCCAUUGUCCAUUUGGAAGACCCAUUUGUGACCAAGCUUUAACUUCCUGACUGAUGUCUUGAGAUGUUUGCAAGCCUGCCCCUUGUUUCGCCAAACAUAACGAUGGUCAUUAUGGCCAAACAGUUCUAUUUGUGUUUCAUCAGACCAGAGGACAUUUCUACAAAAAGUACCAUCUUUGUCCCCAUGUGUAGUUGCAAAGAGUAGUCCGGCUUUUUUAUGUUGGUUUUGGAGCAGUGGCUUCUUCUUUGCUGAACGGCCUUUCAGGUUAUGUCGAUAUAGGACCAGUUUUACUGUGGAUAUAGAUACUUUUGUGCCUUUUUCUCCAGCAUCUUCACAAGGUUCUUUGCUGUUGUUCUGGGAUUGAUUUGCACUUUUCACACCAAAGUACGUUCAUCUCUAGUAGACAGAGCGGGUCUCCUUCCUGAGCGGUAUGAAUGCUGCGUGGUCCCAUGGUGUUUAUACUUGCGUACUAUUGUUUGUACAGAUGAACGUGGUACCUUCAGCCAUUUGGAAAUUGCUCCCAAGGAUGAACCAGACUUGUGGAGGAGGUCUACAAUUUUUUUCUGAUGCUGAUUUCUUUUGAUUUUCCCAUGAUGUCAAGCAAAAAGGCACUGCGUUUGAAUCUUCUAAAGCCAUGACAUAAUUUUCUGGAAUUUUCCAAGCUGUUUAAAGGCACAGUCAACUUAGUGUAUGUAAACUUCAGACCCACUGGAAUUGUGAUACAGUGAAUUAUAAGUUUCAAUAAUCUGUCUGUAAACAAUUAUUGGAAAAAUUACCUGUGUCAUGCACAAAGUAGACGGCGGCAGUGUAGCCUAGUGGUUAGAGUGUUGGACUAGUAACCGAAAGGUUGCAAGUUCAAAUCCCCGAGCUGACAAGGUACAAAUCUGUCGUUCUGCCCCUGAACAAGGCAGUUAACCCACUGUUCCUAGGCCGUCAUUGAAAAUAAGAAUUUGUUCUUAACUGACUUGCCUAGUAAAAUAAAAAGUAAAAAUAUGUCCUAACCUACUUGCCAAAACUAUAGUUUCUUAACAAGAAUUUUGUGGAGUGGUUAAAAAAUGAGUUUUAAUGACUCCAACAUAAGUGUAUGUGAAGUAAGUAUUCAACCCCAUGAGUCAAAACAUGCUAGAAUCAACUUUGGCAGCAAUUACAGCUUUGAGUCUUUCUGGGUAAUGCUCUAAGAGCUUUGCACACCUGGAUUGUACAAUUUUUGCACAUUAUUAUUUAAAAAAAAUUUCAAGCUCUGUCAAGUUGAUUGUUGGUUAUUGCUCUAUAGCCAUUUUCAAGUAUUUUUAAGUCAUAACUGAAACUAGGCCAAUUAGUAACAUUCAAUGUCGUCUUGGUAAGCAACUCCAGUGUAUAUUUGGCCUUUGUUUUAGGUUUUUGUCCUGCUGAAUGGCAAUUUUUUUCCCAGUGUCUGUUGGAAAGCAGACUGAACCAGGUUUUCCUCUAGAAUGUUGCCUGUGCUUAGCUCUAUUCCAUUUAUUUUUAUCCUAAAAACUCCCUAGUCCUUGCUGAUGACAAGCAUACCUAUAGCAUCAUUCAGCCACCACUUUGCUUGAAUAUAUGGAGAGUGAUACUCAGUGAUGUGUUUUAUGGAUUUGCCCCAAACGUAAUGCUUUGUAUUCAGGACAAAAAGUUAAUUUCAUUGCCAAAAUGUUUGCAGGUUUACUUUAGUGCCUUAUUGUAAACAGGAUGCAUGUUUUGGAAGAUUUUAUUCUGUACAGGCUUCCUUCUUUUCACUCUGUCAAUUAGGCUAGUAUUGUGGAGUAACUACAAUGUUGAUCCAUCCUCAGUUUUCUCCUAUCACAGCCAUUAAACUAUGUAACUGUUUUAAAGUGACCAUUGGCGUCAUGAUUAAAUCCUUGAGCAGUUUCCUUCCUCUCCUGCAACUUAGUUAGGAAGGACGUCUGUAUCUUUGUAGUGACUGGGUUUAUUGAUACACCAUCCAAAGUGUAAUUGAUAACUUCACCAUGCUCAAAGGGAGUUUUAAUGUCUGCUUGUCCCUUGUCUUUGUGGUUGACUCUGUGUUUGAAACUAAAUUAUUGACUGAGGGAUCUUACAGAUAAUUGUAUGUGUGGGGUACAGAGAUUAGGUAGUCUUGCAAAAAUCAUGUUAUUGAGUCCAUGCAACUUAUUGUGACUUCUUAAGCAGAUUUGUACUCCUGAACUUAUUUAGUCUUGCCAUAACAAAGGGGUUGAAUACUUAUUGACUCAAUACAUUUCAGCUUUUCAUAAAAAUAUGUUUUGUAAAAAGCUCUAAAAACAUGAUUCCACUUGGACAUUAUGGGGUAUUGUACAUAGGCCAGUGUCAAAUUUAAUACAUUUUAAAUUCUGGCUGUAACACAAAAAAAUGUGGAAAAAGUCAAGGGGUGUGAAUAAUUUCUUGAGGCACUGUGCCUCUAUGGGUCCACAGUGGGAUUUGUAAUAUGGUGUGUUAACCAGAAUUUACAAAGUCCUCCUAAAAAAAUUGGUACCAUACAUGGGUAUUUCUAGAAUAUUAAGUCAUUUACACUGCUCAGAUGAGACAACAGAGGUUAUUUGUGAGGAUGUGGGGACUUGAUAAGUGUAUAAGAUGUAUGUAUGAGAAAAAAGUAUACAUUGAAAAUAUUUCAAUAAAAUAAUA